UGCCGAACACCGUAUGCUACUCUUAUGUCUGUUCGAGUAGGAGCUGGUGGUGGGCCUGAACGUUCAUAUGGCUGCAGUACGAUACUUUCCUUCCCGAUCCGUCAACCACUCACGCGUCGUGCUUCUUUCGAGCCGCCUCCCACUCGCCGACGUGUCUUUCUCGCUCUUCAGCUUUCACUACUAGUGCUAGGUGUUUGGUCUCUCCCUCUCGCUUCCAUGGCUCGUGUCUCUUCGUGUGUCUUAGCACUGGGCAGCGUCGCCCUGACCGCUAUCGAGUUUCUCUGCAGUUCUCUCAUCUCGCAGUCCCGACUCCGGUACAUUUGUGCGACGACACCGUCGCGUGUGCAACACUAUCCGAGGAGCAAGUCGAGCAGAACGUGGCGAGUCGAGUCGCGUUUCGAUAUCGGUAAGUGUUCCUCUAGUUUCGACGGCCUAACUACUCGUUACAGACCACCACCGUCGCCCUUCACCGAGCCCUACGUCCAUCUCGACCAGUCGACAUCCCGGCAUCAGGACGAGCGCGCGUG